AUGCCCCGCGGAAGGGUCGAGUGCAUUCCAAGGCCCCCCCGCCCGGAGACCCCGAGGCAGCUCCCGAGGCCCAGGGUUUUCAUCAGCCAGCCCGCCGGCAAGAGUACCAAUGAUACAGACUUUGAAGGCUUCAUGAUGAGGGAAAGGUACAGUGACGCCACUAGUCGCUCGGAGACUAUCACCCCGAGUACCAGUGAGUCCUCGGCCAGCUCGAGGCCUAGGCGCAGCAGUGGCUGGGAGAACGCCCCCGAGAAGACCGUUACCCAGCUCCUGCAGGAGGAGGAUGACUACUAUUUUAGCGAUGACGAGAGCGUCGCGGGCGUCAAGGACCUCUCCAAGAACCUCAUCAAGAGGGCUGACUUUGCCGCUGUUAUCCCUGGCGAUGCCCUGUCGAGCAAGGUCCAUCGCGUGCUUAGCAACCUCAGGAGCAUCUCCUUCCAAAACCCGGCCGUCGAGGAUCCGGAUACCGCCUGGGGCCAGGCCUCCGCCCACCGCCCUGCCCUCACGAAAAAGUCUGCAAACAACAUUUGCUCAACCGCCUCAAGAUGGCGCCGCCCUAGGGGAAGGAUCUCUAGCAAGAAUGGCGUUCAAGAGUUUGAAUGCUACAGUGAGGCCGAUGCCGCCUCUAUGCACAGCUAUACUUCAUCUGCCAAACAUCCUAUCCCCACCAGGAGAUACAAUCAUCGCGAUGCCCUCAAAAGCAUCCAGGGCCUUACGGGACGCCAUCACAAGAACAUUUGGAAUGCCGCGACCAAGAGGGACCGCACCUCACCAAUAACUCCCAAUUUCUUGGUCGGUACCGGCCAAGACUAUCUCGCUGCUGCUACUACACUCAAUCAGCCCUUGCAUACAGUCACCGCUAUGGUCCCCGCAGAACCGGAAUCCCAGGACAGUCGCCGCAGGUCGGUCGACAAGUACGUCGAGUUUAUUCAUGCCUCAGCCCAGAGAGAGUCGAAGAACAAGUUGCUGUCUAGAAACUUCACAGGUCGAGUAUUGCACAGGGCACAAGGCUUGUUCCGUCGAAAGUGGAAGGUGUAAAGGGGGGCCUCGUUGUGUUAGUGUUCACGUGCGAUCGUUAAUUUUGCUUUGUUGCGCCCAACCCCAUUUGGCUUCCAUUGUGUCUACAUCUUGGCGUGUCGAUGUUCGAUUCGCCUAUUUUUUUUUGCUCCCAUAGACGAGGGAGGGUGUAUCAUAUAGCUGCUGCUUGUAGUUUUCUGGGUAAGGAAUCGUUGUUUUUUUUGCUUUAUUCCACCGGUAUGAUCCAUGUAGAAAACACGCAAAAAAGUCUCCUAUCUUGUAUUGUUGUCAGCCUCAGCCUCAAACUUAAACUCGCACGCUGGUGUUUUUCUAUUAU